UCGAGCGGCUUAUAAGGAUAUUUGAUGGCGACCAAGAUGGCGGACUGAACGCUCGUAGCUUUGCGAGAAACUUUUAAGAAUUGGCGAUGUGACAGCGAUAUAAGUCCUCAAAUAUUGAGUUUGGAGCGAUGGGGGUGUUAUCUGAAGUGUAUAUUGAUGACGUGAUAGAAGAUGGACGACUACUGCUAUGCUAAGAUGGCGACGUCAUGUCAAAGAGAAAGUGAAAGAGAAUCAGGAGGGGAAAAGACGAAAACUGCACACGACGAUGAACGAAUCGAUGUUUCCAACAACGCCAUUUCGGAGACAAUUGUAAGGCCUGAAAAGAGCGUCGAUGACAAAAUAGCCGACUUUGUGGAUGAAUGUAAACAAAGAGCCGCCAUGAUUGUUAGCUUGAAGAAGGCAGUGGAGUUCAAAUCAGAGGAGCUGGAAGAAUGCAAAAGUCGAAUCAAGAAACUGGAAGAGCAAAACAAGCGCUUGCGUGAGGAAAAUAACGAUUUGAAUGUAAAGAUGUUGGAGAUGAGUAAGAGAUGUGCAGUGUGUGAAGAGAAGACUGGACCACAUGUCUACAUCAACCUGCAGAGGACUGGAGACGUCCAGCAAUUGAUUGGUCAUCCAGAAGAACUUCCCCCUCAGUCGCAGGGAGGGAGCUCCACUUGGAAGCAGGAAGCUUCACAGCUCCCCCACAUUAAAAAGGAAGAGGAGGAACUCUGCAUCACUAAGGAGGGAGAGUGUCUUCUAAGACGAGAGGAAGCUGAUUACACCAAGUUGUCAAUGACUGUUGUCUCUGUGAAGACUGAAGAUGAUGAAGAGAAACCACAACCAGAAUACCUCUUAACUUCACUAUCAGAUAGUGAGGCUGAAGACGAGGUUGAAUUAUCUGCGAAGACUGAAGAUGACGAAGAGGAACCCCAAGGAGACAACCUUUUAGCUCCACUAUCAUAUAGUGAGGCUGAAGACGAGGUUAAAGUAACUUUGAGCAGCGAUACAGACUGUGAAGGUGUCAUGAGGAUUCAGACUGGCAACAAAGACGGCAACUGCUCUAAAAAGAAGACACGCAAAAAUAGCGUGAACUGUCUAAUUUGUGGCGUUAGAUGUACUAAAAAUAGCCGUUUGACUGAACACAUGAGAACACACUCAGAAGAAAAAACAUUUCAUUGUUCAGUUUGCGCUAAAAGCUUUUCUCAAAAGACCGUAAUGACGGUACACAUGAGAACACACACAGGAGAAAGACCAUUUAAUUGUUCAGUUUGUGCGAAAAACUUUUCUCACAAAAGCAGCUUGACCGACCAUAUGAGAACACACACUGCAGAAAAACCGUUUAGUUGUUCAGUUUGCAUCAAAAGCUUUUCUAGAAAUAGCAGUUUGAAUCGACACAUGAGUACACACACGGGGGUAAAACCAUUUGUUUGUUCAGUGUGCGGUAAACGCUUCUUUCAAACAAGCGGUUUGACCAAACACAUGAGAACGCACACGGGGGAAAGACCAUUUGAAUGUUCAACUUGUGGCAAAAACUUUUCUCGCAAAAGCGGUUUGAAUGAACACAUGAGUACGCACACAGGAGAAAGACCAUUUGAUUGCUCAGUUUGUGGUAAAAACUUUGCUUUCAGGAGCGGUUUGACUCAACACAUGAGAACACACACUGGAGAAAAACAAUGUAUUUGUUCAGUUUGCGGUAAAAGAUUUUUACAAAGAUGCAACUUGACUAAACACAUGAGAACGCACACAGGAGAAAGACCAUUUGAUUGUUCAGUUUGUGGCAAAGGCUUCACCCAAAACAGUAGUUUGACGCAACACAUGAGAACUCACACAGGUGUAAAGUUCUUUAACUGUUCAGUUUGUGGUAAAACCUUCUCGGAGAAACGCGGUUUGACUCAACACAUGAGAAGACACGCAGGAUCCAAACAAGUUCAUUGUUAAGUGGGCGGUAAAAGCUUUUCUCGAAAAUGUUUUAAAUGUGCACAUGAGAACUCACGCAUGUAAAAGAUUAUUAUUUGUUCAAUAUGCUGUGAAAUGUUUUUACCAUUAAGUAAUUUUACAUUAUUUAUUAUUAAUUAUGCCAUGUUACGAAUUUGCUUGUCACUAAUUGUCUAUCAAUUGUUGUCGGCAGUUUUAGAUGUUUUUUGAAGGCUUUAUCUGUGUAAUAAAUGACAUUAACUACUAUCAGUACGUGUACACGGGCUCAAUUAGUCUAAAGCUCUGACACCGAUCUUUCUUUUCAUGAAUCCGCCCCGAUUCAUUCUUGUUCGUAGCAUCAUAAUCGUAGCGAAUACAAGAUCAUUUUUUGAUACUGUCUGCUAUUUAACAAGAUCCACGCGACGUCCAUAGCACCGGUUGCCCUAGAGGGGGGGAUGGACAUUUGCAGUCCUCUCCAAGGUUUCUCAUUGUCAUUCCACUGGGUUUAAUUUUUCCUCGCCCUGAUGUACAAAGCCCGUUUCCAUAUGAGUUGGGAAAUUGUGUUAGAUGUAAAUAUAAACGGAAUAAAAUUAUUUGCAAAUCCUUUUCAACCCAUAUUCAGUUGAAUGCACUACAAAGACAAUAUAUUUGAUGUUCAAACUCAUAAACUUCGUUUUUGCAAAUAAUAAUUAACUUAGAAUUUCAUGGCUGCAACACGUGCCAAAGUAGAUGGGAAAGGGCAUGUUCACCACUGUGUUACAUCACCUUUU